AUGGAACUUGAUGAAGAGACGAAUGCUCUCAUGAGGGCUAUCAAAGUAGGUGGGGCGCUUUUGAUUGAGGGUCACAGUGGUAAUCGGCUGCGGUAUUAUUAUGAUUCAUUCCACGACUUGGCUGCGCAAGCCGGUGUACCGCGUGCGCAUGCUCCUGAACCGCUGCUAGUUACCUCUAUCGAAAGCCUACUGCGUAAGUUGCGAGGAGUGACCUUCUGCCACCAUGUAUUCUUUAUCAACACGGACCUGUGUUGCAGCCAACUUGUAGGGAGUGUGUUGCUGCGUCGCGGAAUGUCCAAAAAUUUGCAUGUGCUUACGCUUCACGCGCUGCACCACCCUGACCCCAGUACGCUGCAUCUCUUGAAAGCUAUGGAGCGUCGGGACGCGGCAGCUAUGGCAGAACUUUCGUCUUUUACGGUUGCUACAGGUGACGCGUCGGCGGCGCCACUUAUAAUCCCGCGGCGUUCCCACGAUUGCGAGCGCGCCUUACGUGCACUAAAUUUUUCACACGCCGCUCUGGCCGCUCGGACGACUGACGUGCACUGUUUCUGUCCUCAGUGGGUACCGAUGCGGCAUAGGCGAAAAUGGACGGACAUGUUUGUGCUUGAGUGUAUAUUCCCUAGUGAUGAUAUUGCCGACAAUAUGCUCUCGCUUCGUAAGGCCUUAGAGGGGGCUGUUGGAAGGGAGGUGGUACUUCUCAGCGCCAGUGAGAUCCGCGAAAAGUUGGAGCGAGCGGCCUUUUGCUUUACCUUUUCUGCAUCGGAACGGAGCGUAGUGAAUCACCUCAUAGCGUCAGCGAUCGACGCAGCGAGGAGAAACGGAUGGAUAUUGAUAGUGCAGACGGCACUUCCAGAGUCGUGGGAUUUACGUGAGCGCGUGGUUCAUCUUUGGCGUGGUGCCCGCGUCAUUUCUGCGAAUGGACGUAUGGGAACGGUGCAGGCGUUUGAUGUUGCGCAGCCGUUGUCACAGCGGUUGCCCUCUUUCUUCAAGCAGACAAUGUGGCCUGUUGUCUGCCUUGACGGUGAAGCCUGUGGAUCGGUUCUUUUGCCAAUUGCUUCCCCUUUUUGUACUUCGCAAGUUUCACAUGUAUUCGAUCUGCCGUUGCGUUACGGCGCUUUUGUGACAGUGGAGGAGUUAUACGUCACGACCACGCCGGAAAAAAGGGACUUCCGCCGUUGGAUUGUACGUCCCAGUCUUUUUAUCGGGCAGUUCCCUCUCCUCCGCUGCGUGAUUGCGUCGGUUUCUUCACUGAGUCAAGUUGUGCUAACCCGUCCAUUCUCGUGGGAACUUCUUUUGCGGUAG